AUGGGAGUCCAAGUGCCGCCAUGCCAUGCAUGCCGCGUUCACGAGUUGUCUUCGGAUGUGCUUUCUUCCAGCUACCUGAACAGGAACGUCCUCUCUGGCGAUGUGUACGGCAUCACACGCAAUAUGACCAGCCUUCCAACCAGUGACAGGGUGACUGCCAUUGCCCCUGUCGCCCUACCUGCAGCCAACCAGUUCCCACCCUACCUACCCUACACCCACCGCAACUUCUUCUUCCACGGGACCAUCAUCCCGCCCGAGGCCAACCACACCUACCUUGGCAACGCCUUUGAGCAUUGUCUGCUCAACGCAUCCCGGGCGCCUGGAGACUACUUGGAGCAGAGGAGUGCAGAGGAGUUUGGUGCAUUCUGUGGGGUUGCUGCUGGGGAUUGCCAACCCCUGUGCAGCGGGCAUGGCAUGUGCUCCUUCAGUGAGUCUGUGCAGGAAUCAGUAUACACCUGCGAUAGCAACUUCGACAACCAGGCCAGACUGCCCUCGUGCUCCUACAGUGGUGUGUAUACACAAACAACAGCAGUCUCCCUGGCAGGUGCAGCAGCGCAACCAUUCAAUGGCACCAUCAUCCUCACGCCCCCCACCAGCAACACGUCAGGAGCAGCACAGUGCAGCGCCCAUCUGCCUCUUCCUUUUCAUCGACAACCCUGGCCCGUAUAG